AGGAGGUUCCUACUGUGGUGGGACACAAAAAACAUCAAAUGAAUGCGCAGAUAGAGGGCUUGGCUCUGUGUUUCUAAGUGUAUGUUGAGGAUUUGGUUGUUUGUGGGAAUAAAGCGGACAGCAGAGCGAGGACUGGAGGUAUAAAAUUUAGUGGUUAAAGGUUUAUCAGAGGAAUCCACUAGCAUGCUUUUCAAUUUGAAAUUUAUGGAUGUUACAGGAUGAAACGUCUCAGGUCCUCAAGCAGCAGCGACAGUUCUGACAAUGAGAGUCCCUCAACCUCCUUCUGCUCUUCCAACAAAUAUGGCAGUAAAUCGGGAACCCCCGCCUCUGACCCGAAGAAACCGGCUGAAGUGUUCAGAAAAGACCUGAUCAGUGCCAUGAAGCUGCCGGACUCCCACCACGUCUCUCCUGAGGACUACUACCUGCUGGCAGACACCUGGAAGCAGGAGUGGGAGAAGGGAGUCCAGGUGCCGGCCAGUCCGGAUACCAUCCCACAGCCGUCAGUCAGAAUUAUAGCGGAGAAAUCCAAGGAAGUGCUUUACUCCCACCAGAGGAAGUACGUCCAGUGCUCGGGCCAGGAGUCGACAGAGCCGGGAUAUGUCAACAUCAAAGAGCUGGCGGAGGCCAUGUGUCGCUACGACCUGGACGACAUGGACCUCUACUGGCUGCACGCGCUCAACAGAGAGCUGGACUGCAUGGGUGAGGAGCCCAUAGACGAGCUGACGAUGGAGCGCGCCAUGGAGGCCCUGGAGAGUCAGUGCCACGACAACAUGAAGCACGCCAUCGAGACGGUGGAGGGUCUGGGGAUCGAGUACGAUGAGGACGUCAUCUGUGACGUGUGCCGCUCGCCCGACAGCGAGGAAGGGAACGACAUGGUGUUCUGUGACAAGUGCAACAUCUGCGUGCAUCAGGCCUGCUACGGAAUAGUCAAAGUGCCUGUUGGGAACUGGCUGUGCAGAACGUGCGUCCUCAGCAUCGACCCGCAGUGCCUUCUGUGUCCCCUGAAGGGCGGAGCCAUGAAGGCCACACGAGCGGGCACCAAGUGGGCACAUGUAAGCUGCGCCCUGUGGAUACCAGAGGUGAGCAUUGCUUGUCCAGAGAGGAUGGAGCCCAUCACCAAAGUGUCCCACAUCCCACCCAGCCGCUGGUCUCUCAUCUGCAGUCUGUGCAAAGUGAAGACAGGCGCAUGUAUCCAGUGCUCGGUAAAGAACUGCACCACUCCUUUCCAUGUGACAUGCGCCUUUGAGCACAGCUUGGAGAUGAAGACAAUCCUGGACGAAGGCGACGAAGUCAAGUUCAAGUCUUACUGCCUGAAGCACAGCAAGUCCAAAUCUGGCGAGGCCGGCCUGAGCCCAGCUCGCUCCAAACCACCCGGCGAAUCGGGUAAGGUGGGCCAGCGGGCGCAGAGACUGCAGGAGCUGGAGGAGGAGUUCUUCACUCUAAUCCAGCUGGGGGAGCUGGCUCAGGUCCUGGGACUCUCCGAGCACCUGGCUGACUUCAUCUACCAGUACUGGAAGCUGAAGAGGAAAGCCAACUUUAACAAAGCUCUGCUGCCCCCUAAAGAGGAGGAGGAGAAUCUGGUGCUGCAGCCUCAGGAGGACACCAUCCACACUCGCAUGCGCAUGUUCAUGCAUCUGCGACAGGAUUUAGAGAGGGUGAGGAACUUGUGCUACAUGGUGAGUCGGAGGGAGAAGCUGAAGCUGCUGCAGAGUAAAGCUCAGGAGCAGAUGUUCAACCUUCAUGUAAAGCUGUUGAACCAGGAGCUCUCUGCUGGCCUUCCUGCUUCAUUUCCAGUGGAGGGUUUACUGUUUCGUCCUCCCCCGAGGAUAACUCUUAAGCUGAAAAUGCCCAAAGCCUCAGCACUUGGAAACGGGAACCCCAGCUCCAAAUCCGGUAAUGGUCCACUCUGCCCGGACCAUAGCGGGAACCUGACUGAACAUGGCGGUGAAGGGUUGGGUCAGGGGAAGCCUCAGCUGCACGGUCGCAGCCGGAGAGAGGAGCGCUCCAACGGCCGUCUGUCCGCCUCGAGCGGCUCUGCGUUGGCGGUCAAACCCAGCGGCAAACCCUUAGCCCUGCACGCCGCCCUCCACGGCCACUCGUCCAACAGCAACGGCAAACUCGACCAAGAGCGAGCCAAACCCAACGGCCUCUUGGAGAAGUUCGUGGCUCAGAAGGACAGCUCCUGCCAGACGGCCGGCAACCAGGACGCUUCAAACGCAGCUUUGGACAAGAGCAGCUUUCGCAAGUCUGCCAUGGAGCACUUUGGCAGGUCCUUCAAAGAGGCGACUAUUAACUUAGUACGGACCACAGAGGACCUGCGGGCCUCGGACAAACUGUCCCGUAAGGGCUCCGCCAAGGAGAGACUAUGGGUUAAACCCGUAUCCGAACACAAAGCGAAAAGCGCGCGCUCUUACCAGGACAGCGACGGUUACUGUCCGGACCUGGAGCUCAGUGACUCAGAGCCAGAGGCCAAAGGGAGGCACCGGCGGCAGGUCGGGCUGCCGCAGCCGGACGCUCCUCGGCGGGACUGUCAGAAAGGAGUGAGCAGAGGGAAGCAGUCGCUGGGCUCCAGACACCCGGUGCAGAGGUGACGGCCGUUUGUUCGUUGACUCCGCUCACCAAUACCGCCGCCGCCACUGUUCUCCGCGCACCCUCUUGGCAGUCUUCCUAAGUGCCGGGGCCGUCUCUCUGAACACGUCUCUAUCAGGGACCAGAACACGCCACAGUGCCAACGGUGCUGUACACACGAAAGCAGGAGAAGAUGCACGAUGGAUUUCGCCGUCAAAAAAAACAAAAGCGCGUCAGUGUUAGUUUGAGAGGAACAAAUACAUCAUUCCUGAGUUACAUUUGUACUCUGCACAACUUUGUGUGAAACCGGUUUAAUUCGCCUUUGACUAUAACAUUUGUACAUACGAUGUUGAAAUUGGCGUGUAAAUAACAACCGAAUCACAAAAUGUUCCACUCCGCCGACACUCCCAACAUCACCGCGGCCACAAAUUAUACCUGACACGCCAGGUGGAAGUCCUGUAGCGAAUCCGAGCAUCUCCUGCACCUGUUUUGUCGCACACUGUCUGUUACAGCCAACCUGAAACACACACAUACACAUACACACACACACACACACACACACACACACACACACACACACACACACACACACACACACACACACACACACACAGGUGAUAAACCGGCUCGAUGAACCUUUUUACAUUUGUAAAGUAGUGGAGUCUUUUUUUUUUUUCUCUCUUUUUUUUUUUUU